UUUCGGGUUCAUCCGACUUCUGUCGGCCGCUCUGAGUUUACUGUAUUGUAAUAAGCUACUGCUGCGAAUCGGUAGAGGAGGAGUAGGAGGAGGAAGGGGGGUCUGAGUAGCCAAAUUUCUCCCCUGAUAGUGAACACAUCCGGAGUCCCGACGAUCGUAAUUUAAAAAUCACGUUGUCUUUUUAGAAAACAGAGUUUUAGAUGUAUAUAUUUUAAAAUUAAUUUAUGUCAAUUCGAUUAGUUUAUGCUUUACGUUAACACGCUGGGAGGGCAGAAAUGGCGGCCAACAUGUACCGGGUCGGAGAUUACGUCUUCUUUGAAAAUUCCUCCAGUAACCCUUACCUGAUCCGUCGGAUAGAAGAACUCAACAAGACCGCCAGUGGGAAUGUCGAGGCCAAGGUGGUUUGUUUCUACAGAAGGAGAGACAUCUCUCACAGCCUCAUCCAGCUCGCGGAUAAGCACGCAAAGGAGUUGGAAGAAGAGAAGGAGAACCCAACAGAGACCGAGCUCACAGACAAACAGAAACACCAGCUUCGUCACAGAGAGCUCUUCCUCUCCCGACAGUAUGAGAGUCUACCUGCGACACACAUUAGGGGGAAGUGCAGCGUCGCUUUAUUGAACGAGACGGAAGCCGUUCUUUCAUACCUUGACAAAGAGGACACUUUCUUCUACUCGCUGGUGUACGACCCGACUCAGAAGACCCUGCUGGCCGACAAGGGAGAGAUCCGAGUGGGGCCGCGCUUUCAGGCAGACGUACCUGAAAUGUUGCAGGAGGGAGAGGCAGAUGACAGGGACCAGUCCAAACUGGAAGAGAAGCUCUGGGAUCCAGAGUGUCCUCUGACCGACAAACAGAUAGACCAGUUCCUAGUGGUGGCGCGAGCGGUCGGGACGUUUGCCCGAGCGCUGGACUGCAGCAGCUCAGUUCGACAACCAAGCUUGCACAUGAGCGCAGCUGCAGCUUCUCGAGACAUCACACUGUUCCACGCGAUGGACACGCUGCACCGCCAUAACUACGACCUGUCCAGCGCUCUGAGCGUUCUGGUCCCGGCAGGCGGCCCGGUGCUCUGCAGGGAUGAGAUGGAGGAGUGGAGCGCCUCGGAAGCGGCCAUGUUUGAAGAGGCUUUAGAGAAAUAUGGGAAAGACUUCAACGACAUCCGACAAGACUUUCUGCCGUGGAAGUCCCUGACCAGCAUCAUAGAGUACUACUACAUGUGGAAGACCACAGACAGAUAUGUGCAACAGAAAAGGCUGAAGGCAGCCGAGGCAGAAAGCAAGCUGAAGCAGGUUUAUAUCCCCACGUACAACAAACCCAACCCCAACCAGAUCUCGAUGACCAACGGUAAGAUGGCGACUGUGAACGGAGCGGGCCCCGGGGCCUUCCAUGCAGCGGGAGGCGGCCGAGCCUGCGAGAGCUGCUACACCAUGCAGUCGGCCCAGUGGUACUCCUGGGGGCCUCCCAACAUGCAGUGCCGCCUGUGCGUUUCCUGCUGGAUGUACUGGAAGAAGUACGGCGGUCUGAAGAUGCCGAGCAGAGCCGAGGCCCCAGAGGAGAGGACCUCCCCCACUCCUGCAAGCAAUGAGUCCCGCUCCAGGAGUCACGUUCCCCGCCAGUCCAACCACAUGGUACCGAUGAGGAACAGCGGCAGCCCCAAGUCCUCCAUGAAGACCAAGCAGGCCUUCCUGCUGCAGGCCACCCGCCUCACCAAACUGGCUCGGCACAUGUGCCGGGACAUCAUCAGGCUGCGCCGCGCUGCGCGCCGGCCCUUUGUCCCCAUUAACUGUGGGGCCAUAAAGGCGGAGUACAUGUUAAGGGUGUCAGAAGGGCAGGGGACCCGGCUACCCAAAACCAGAGCGGCCCAAAGGAGCACUCUGACCAGUGUCCUGCAGUUUCUAGAGUCCCGGCCCAUGGCCCACGCCCCUCGCUCCCACCGCACCGCAGGCCUGCAGACGCCUCCGCCUCGCCGCCUCCUCUCCUCUCUCCCGCACGGACCCCACGGCAUGCUGGGAAAACGCAGCUACCACCACCACAGCAGGGCUGACCCGGAGAGGCGUUCAGAAAACCCUGGUUCAACAGGAGGACCUCUCAUCCACAACGGCCGCAGCAGCAGCAGCGGAAACACCAGAGGAGGAGUAAUGAUUCGCAAGAGACGCCCCAACUGGAUCGAUGCUCCCGACGACAGCUUCUUCCUCGUCACCCGGGAGACCAGGAGGGCGCGACGGCUGCUGUCCCGCUCCCAGCUGAGGCACGCCUGUCGACAGCCCUGCGAGCAAAUCACCCUGCGCAGGGUCUCCCACGGACCCCCGCAGGGGCUUGUCCUGGCCCCUCCACACCCACACCCCAGCUUGAGGAUGCGGGGCCCCAUCGUCAUCCACGAUUGAUCAGUCAAACUUCGGACUCUCAGACCUCCACGCUGCGCCUGCACACCUGUUCUCUGAAUACAUCCUCGGUUCUUUGGAAGCUAAAAAUGCGGUUUUAACCCAACAA